AUGUCUGAUGAUCUUCCUGCCUCUAAAACAGUAAAGCUUGCCUGUUUACAUAGAAUAUGCCACGGAUGUCUAAGGCGGGCAUUCACCCUUUCCAUUACAGACCCCCAGCAUAUGCCUCCGCGGUGCUGCACGUCAGAUCACAUACCCCUGAAACAUGUUGAAAAUUUAUUUGACCUCAAGUUCAAGUUGGAGUGGAACCAGAAGUUUAGGGAAUAUACCACUAAGAACCGGAUAUACUGUCCAUCAAAGGGCUGUGGGAAAUGGAUACCCCCAGCAAAUAUAUAUAGGGCUGCAGGCUCCCGUGAUGCAAGUAGGCGUAGAUACGGAAUCUGCAGUCGCUGUAAGAUAAUGGUCUGCUGUACAUGUGGUGGGAAAUGGCAUAAAGAUGAAGACUGCCCGCAGGACGAAGGGUCUGUCGAGUUUGCCGAAAUUGCGGAACAAGAAGGCUGGAGACGCUGUUAUAACUGCUCUGCCAUGGUAGAGUUGAAGGAAGGUUGCAACCACAUCACUUGUCGAUGCACAGCGCAGUUCUGUAUUGUCUGUGGCUUAAAGUGGAAGACUUGCGAUUGUCCGUGGUUCAACUAUGCGGAUAUACCAGACAAUGCAGUGCCACCCGACGCAGCUGUUGAUAUUCGAGGCCCUGUUUGCUACCAGGAAGAGAUUGAUAGAAGGCGGGAGCAAGAAGCAAAUGAUGAAGCUUUAGCUAUUCAGCUUCAGUACGCACUAGCUCUUGGAAUGGACCCUAACCUGGAUAGCUCAUGA